CAGGACUUAGGAGGGAUCUGAAGAAGAGCCCAGAAGCCCAAAAAUUCGCUCAAUUUCGCCCAUUCUCACAUUAUCCAAUCAAAUCCUAGACGAUGCAAGCAGCACUUGCAGUCAUGGCCGCACAAGCAAUUCUCUCUUCAACACCCCACCACUCUCUCCUCCCAAUCUCUUUCAAUCCCACCAUUUCCACCGCCACCUUUUCGUCAUCACUCCCAUUUACUUCUUCCUUCCACGGCCUCUCACUCAAAGCCACCACCGCCCGCCCAUACUUGUCCUUCUCCGCCUCCGCCUCCCCGAAGCCUAUUGCCAUUGUUGCCUCCGCCUCCAAGAAGGCCGUCGCGGUCCUCAAGGGCACCUCCAAUGUUGAGGGAGUUGUCACGCUCAACCAAGAAGCUGACGGUCCAACUACUGUGAAAGUUCGUGUGACUGGACUUACUCCGGGCAAACAUGGGUUUCAUCUACAUGAGUUCGGUGACACAACAAAUGGGUGUAUCUCAACAGGUUUAGACUCAAUUUCAUUAUCAAAUCAUGGAAUUCUGCUUGAACUGAUAACAAAAACUGCAGAAAAUCUCAGUAUUGUGCAUGCUGGGGUGGUUCCACUACUUAUGCUUAACUUUGGUGAAUGUGGAUUAUAUUCCAUGUUCUUGGCUUCAGUUGAUGUUGGAUUUCUUAUAUUUUUGAAUCUAUUUGUUACAGACUAA